AAAACAAGUCCUAAUUCGAAAUAAUUUGACUUUUCAUAUCCACCACCAUGAUGAAGCGAAGCUAGAGCCACAGUAGGCUUUCUACAACACAGGGCGUGCCUAUUCGUGGAGCUGCGCUACCUGCAUCUAUGUACUAUUGAGUCCGAAGUCACAAGGAGAAACUUCACGCUGAAUCGAUUGACACCCAUGCAAAAUCGGGCGCACGCCCUACCGCGUUUACUUACCUUGUCCAGCAAUCUCUCUGCAGGCAAGCCUUUCUCCAAAAUCUGCUGGCGGCAGAGUCGCGCCCUCAGUGUAACUAAGAUCCGACGACCCUUCUCCUCGUGGCAAGGUCGUCCACGACGAUACUCAUACUCUCACUCUCUAGGUUACGCACACAGCCUGCACGGUUUCCGUACCAUGUCCAUUGAUUCUAAGCCUGUCAGUGAAGACGGCUGGCAGGAAGUGCCUGCUAAUGGAGACGUUCCGGCAUAUUGGUUCUUCACUCGACCGUUGGAGAAACCUGAACCGGAUGACCGAGAAUAUAGGUUGAUUCGACUUCAGAAUGGUCUUGUCGCGAUGGUGGUACAUGAUGCUGUGGCUGAUAAAGCUGCUGCUUGCGUUGAUAUUGCUGUUGGUUCCUUGCACGAUCCUGAUGAUGUGCCGGGAUUGGCACAUUUCUGUGAGCACAUGUUGUCAAAGGGUUCCGAACCUUUCCCAGCUGAAAACGACUUUCUAUCUUUCAUCACAUCCAACGGGGGAAUUCGUAACGCCGGUACCGGAGGGUCAUACCAAGACUACUGGUUCUCUAUUCACCCUUCACUCCUCUCUGAGGCCCUGCCACGUCUAGCUGCAUUCUUCCAUUCUCCGCUCUUCACACCCACUCUCACAUCCCGCGAAAUACAUGCCGUCGACUCUGAGAAUAAACGAAACCUCCAGAACGACGGUCGGCGGAUUUUUCAGUUAGGCAGGAGUCUGAGUAAAGAUGGUCAUCCCUGGAAAAAGUUCGGAACAGGAAACUUUAAGAGCUUGACUGAAGCCGCGAGGAGAAAGUUUGAACAGGAAGGUGUGGAUUGGAAAGGAGAGGAAGAUAGCGGAGAUGGGGGACCGGUUGGGAGGGAGACCAGAAGACGGCUUGUCGAGUGGUGGAAGCAACAAUAUUGCGCCGGGAGGAUGUCUCUGGCAGUCAUUGGUAAAGAAUCGGUAGACGAGUUGACGGCCUUGGUCGUUCCUCUCUUCUCAAAGAUCGAGAACCGCGGAUUUGAACCGAGACCUUCUCUCAAGGAAGAACCAUGGGGUGAUUCGGAAAAGGGUACUAUAGUCUUUGUGCAAACCGUCAAAGACUAUCAUUCCUUCAACAUCACAUUCCUCUUACCUGACCAAUCUCGUAACUUUGCAACUCAGCCGGCGCAAAUAGUUGCGCAUUUCGUAGGUCAUGAAGGUCCCGGAAGUGUUUGUUCCUACCUAAAGAAGAAGGGCUGGUUAGUUGAUAUCAGCGCUUUCCCUAGUAGGCGAAACCGGGAAGUGCCAGCAUUUACCGUUGAAGGAAGAUUGACGAAGGAAGGAUAUCUGCAUUACCAGGAAGUCGUCUUGACCAUCUUCAAUUACCUUUCACUGCUUCGUGAUACACCGUCACCUCUCCCCGCUUACCACUUCGACGAGAUCAAAAAGAUGUCUUCCGUCUCUUAUCAAUUCCGCGAGAAGUCUCAGCCACAUACAUACGCUUCCACUCUUGGUUACGAACUUCUCGAGCCUUACCCUCCUGAAUGGGUCCUCAGUGGGUCAACUCUUAUUAGGGAAUGGGAUGAGAACCUCUUCCGAAGCGUAUUGGCCUCGCUUUUGCCGGAGAAAUGUAGGAUCAUGAUCAUGGCUAAACACCAUCAACCUGCAGUCAUUGGUGAGAACCCCGAUUGGCAGGCGGAGAAAUGGUACGGAACGGGGUAUGUUGUGAGGAAGCUGGAUCAAGACUUCAUCGGUAAUGCAAACCAGCCUAACGCAAAUGGAGAGCUGCAUCUCCCCGCUCCUAAUCCGUACAUACCAGAGGACCUUUCCGUGGAGAAGAAGGACAUCUCAGAGCCUGCCAAGAUUCCGACUUGCGUCCGUCAGACAGACUAUUCAUCUCUUUGGUACAAGAAGGACGACCAGUUCUGGGUACCAAAGGCGCAUGUCAAGGUGGAUAUCAAAAGUCCAAUGGCAUAUUGUACUGCUAGACAAGCCGUUCUAACCAGAUUGUUGACGGACCUACUUGAGGACGAUCUUUCCGAAGUCACAUAUGAUGCAGAAUUGGCCGGGCUUGAUUACGCUGUAAAUAACUAUCGCGGAGGUCUCCUAGUUUCCGUCAAUGGUUACAACGACAAGCUCGGCGCUCUGCUCGAUACUAUUCUUGAGCGACUGAAAAGUCUUAUCAUAAAACCCGAUCGGUUGCAAGUCAUGGCGGAACAGCUUGACAGAGAGUAUAGGAACUUUUACAUUCGACAGCCUUCUUUGCUCUGCGAUCAUUACACUGCUUGUUUAUUGAUGCCAAUCGUGUGGAUGCCUGAAGAUAAACUGAUUGAGACACCCUUUAUCACACCUGAGGACAUCGAAAGGCACAAGACUGACUUAUUAUCUAAAGUCUAUCUAGAAGUUCUGGUAACUGGGAAUAUAAACCGGGAGCAUGCUCAAAGAAUCGUGGAGAGUGUAGAACAUCGACUAGAUGCUCGAGCACUAACUCCACUAGAACGGCCUCAAGUUCGUUCGUUGCUGCUACCACCUGGCUCCAAUCUUGUGCUUAAGAGGGAGGUCACCGAUCCGAAAGAGCUGAACUCAAGCAUCACUUUCUAUUGCCAGUUUGGCGACAUCGCAGAUGCGCGACUUCGACCUGUCCUUGAACUCAUUGUGCAUACGAUCCGCGAGCCUGCGUUCAGUCAGCUUCGCACCGUCGAACAACUUGGAUACAUUGUUGCGAGCGCGUUCUGGUCUUCGACUGGUUCAAUGGGACUAGGAAUCAAGAUUCAGAGCUUACGCUCACCAUCUUACUUAGAACACCGAGUAGAAGACUUCUUGACACACUUCCGGGAGCAGUUGGCCGGAUUCACACCAGAAGAGUUCGAGAGCAAGAAGGCUGGUCUGGUGAUCAAACUUCUCGAGCGUACCAAGAAUCUACGCGACGAGACCUCACGCUUCUGGGGACACAUCAGAUCGGGGUACUACGACUACCUGCAAAACGUAUAGACGAAAAAGAUGCUGCGGCUGUCCAAGCGUUGACGCUGCAGAUCAUCCUCGACGCUUUCGACCGAUACGUGCACCCAUCGUCCCGGUCUCGGAAGAAGCUUUGCACUCACGUUGUAUCCCGCCAACUUAAGGCUGACACGGAAUUGUAUGAACCGGAGGCUGUUACCUUCAUCAAAGACGAAAGUCUUUUCAAGGCCGCCUUGGCUUGUUCUCCAGCUGCCGUACCUGUACACUCCGGUUUUGCGUGACACAAAAUAAAGAAAGCAUAUUCUAUCAGUAGCGCGUUCUUCCGGCACUCUCUCAGCCGGAAUCGAUCGUUGUUUGAUCGUGGAAGCCAAUUCACGGGGAAUGCAACUUCAGCCAGGAAGGCUUUCUCACAUACAGCUGCUCAGAUACAUCUUUCACAAAGUGAACUCUGCUGAGGCAACAUAACGUGGCUUAUCUUGGACUUUGAGCGAAGUUUUCUAUUAACCUAUUGCACCCGCUCGAUAGGAAUGGGCUCGAAUGGAACCAUGUAUGUACAAUACAUUACAGUUGAAACAUUGUCCUGAACGUAGAGUCGAUCGGACCAACAAGUGGAGUUGUAACCACGCUCCAAUGUGUGUAGACUCCAAGACACACGUUACAGCUAUUUGCGGAACGAUAGGCCACCUUGGAAAAAAAUCCAGGACAGAGAC